UGCCAUCGGUACAUUCCUUUUCGUACGUCCAAUUCUCUUUCCCGGGAAGCUGAGGCGAAAGGUGAUAAUAGAGAAUGAAUUCUAUGCUAAUAAUCAUCUUUCACUAUAGGGUUUUGAUACGGGCAUUGCCACGACUACUAUCGCCCAUGAUAGUUGGAUCAAGUAUAUGCACAACCCUUCCAAUGGACUUACUGGUGCGGUAGUAGCUGUGUACAUCGCUGGUGAAGCUGUUGGGGCUCUGGCCCAGACUUUCAUAGGAGAUAAACUGGGCCGCAUCCGAUUUAUGCAACUGCUGUGCAUCAUCGUUACGAUCGGCACAGUGAUCCAGACAGCCUCCGUCAACAUCGGUAUGUUCUUGGCGGGUCGCGCGAUUGCAGGUAUCGCUGUGGGCGGUAUGGUUGCGACGGUUCCGAUCUAUCUCAGCGAGAUCUCACCACCCAGCUCGCGCGGCCUCAUCGGCGGCAUAUCCGGAUGUGGUAUCUCCUUUGGAACCAUGAUGUCUAAUUGGGUGGGCUUUGCAUGCUCAUAUGCGCCCUACGGGGCGACGCAAUGGCGUCUCCCGCUCGGUAUUCAGAUCCCCUGGGGUGUCAUCAUGUUCGUGGGACUUGCCACAUUUAUGCCCGACUCUCCGCGACAGCUGUUACGCAACGGCAAGGUAGAUGCUGCACGUCACGAGUUCGCACGCGUCCGCCGGGAUCUCCAGUCCCACGAAGUGCACGAAGAGUUCGUGCUUAUGCGCGCACAGAUCGAGUUCGAAAUGACCCGUGAGAUCCAAACAUACCGCGAAGUCUUUACCUUAUUUGGUCGUCGUGCCAUGGUCUCUAUUGUCGUGCAGACAAUGACGAGUCUCACGGGUAUCAAUGUUAUCCAGUACUACCAGACCACGCUGUAUAAGUCCCUGGGAAUCCAACAAGAGACUAUUCUCGCUCUAGCCGGCGUAUACGGCACUGUAGCGUUUAUUUCGAAUUGCAUCACAACGAAGUUCCUAACAGAUCAAUGGGGCCGUCGUAAGAUGAUUUUGACCGGUCUAUCCGGACUUAUCCUGGUCAUGAUAUACUCGGCGGUAAUGCAGCGCUUCUUCCAGGACAGCAACAAUACGAUCGGGAAGGGCUUCGCCGUCCUCGGUAUCUAUCUAUACGUGGCAUUAUACUAUGCCAUGAUCAACAGUACGACUUGGUUGUAUGGUGCAGAGGUGUUACCUAUUGCGUUGCGUAGUAAGGUGAUGGGACUCGCGGCCGCGGGGCACUUCAUUGUUAACGUUGCCGUAACGGAGGCCGGUCCGAGCGCUUUUGCUAAUAUCCACGAGAACUACUACUAUGUCUUCGUCGUUUGCACUACCGUCUUCCUAAUCGUCGCAUACUUCUACUUCCCUGAGACUCGCCGUAAGACACUCGAGGAGAUCGCUCAGGCCUUCGGUGAUAAGGUCGUGCUCGUUGACGAGAGCCAGACGGAUGGUGAACAAGCCGUAUCGGCGGCGACGCAAGAUGAGGAAAACCGAAGUGUCGGUAAGGACGAAAGCAAGGCUGCAAUAACAGCUUCGACAAAAUCAACUUUCCCUAUCGAUCAAUCUUCUGGGACAUAGUUCAAAGAAUAUUCAAAGUCAAGUUAUGUACCAGAUACCUAAUUUUAGCUACCGAAAUACAGAAAAUUUGACC